AUGGAUGAAAAAAAUUACAAUUUUCAACAAAACUCAAAGGAAGAAGAAGAAUCACAAUACUCUAAUUAUAGCAAAAAAAGAAGAAAUAGAAAUAAAAACUAUGACAACAGUCUCUUUGAUAAACCAUUUAUUGUGCCUUUGCAACAUAAUACUUUUCUUGAUAUGGAUGAUAAUGAUAAUGCUUUAUUUCCAGAAGUAAAUACAAUGACAUAUGAUAAUGACUCUAUUUUCACUAAAGCUGAUUUUUCUACAAAUGAUACUAUAAACGAAGAUUCAAUCAAUAACAAUAAUAAUAAUCACAAUACUAUAAAUGCAAAAAACAUUCUAAACCACAGCAUUCCAAGAGAAAAUUUAUGCAUUCCACAAAUAACAAAUGAACCAAUACCAUUAAAAAAAAGAAAAAUUAUCAAAAUUAAAAAAACCACAAAUGAAUCUAGGUUUGAACAAAGAAAAGAACAGUCUUUGAUAUCGGUGGAUGUUUUGCCUGAAAGGUAUAGAUGUAUCUUUAAUUUUUCAACAUUUAACAAAAUGCAAUCAAUGGCGUUCCAACUAAUCUAUCAAACUAAAUUUAACGCCAUAAUAUCUUCACCUACAGGUUCUGGUAAGACGGUUCUGUUUGAAUUAGCAAUUCUUAAUUUAAUAAUAAAUUCAAAUGAAUUGGAUCUUAUGAAUUUAAAAAUAUUAUAUAUUGCCCCCACAAAAUCAUUAUGCACUGAAAUUCUAAAUAAGUGGAACAGUAUGCACUUACUGGAUUUGGAGAUUGGAAUGUUCACAGGCGAUACUACUUAUAAAGAAUCUGAAAAUAUCAAAAAAUCCAAUAUUAUCAUAACCACACCAGAAAAAUGGGACCUAUUAACUAGAAAAUGGAAUGAUUACAGUAAAUUAUUUUAUUUGGUAAAACUAAUCUUAGUCGAUGAAAUUCAUACAAUCGGUGAAACGCGUGGAGCUACUUUGGAGGUGAUUUUAACGAGAAUGAAUACUUUGUGUUCCAAUAUACGCUUUAUUGCUGCAAGUGCUACAAUACCAAAUAUAACUGAUAUAGCUGAAUGGUUGAAAUCAAGCGACGGGGAAUCCGCAAAAACUUUGACGUUCAGUGAUGAAUUUCGACAAGUGUCCUUAGAAAAACAUGUUUACGGAUUUUCCUUUUACAAUAGUAAAAACGAAUUUCAGAAAGAUGCUUACUACAAUACAAAAUUAUGUAAAAUUAUUCUUCACCAUUAUAAACAAAAACCAGUCUUAAUUUUUUGUCCAACGAGAUCUUCUACUAUCAGUACAGCCAAAUAUUUAUUAAGUCACUUUCCUACAGAUCAAUUACUCAAGACUACUAGUCGGAAUUUAAAGAUUAAUGACAGUGCAUUAAGGGAAUGUAUUUAUAAAGGCAUUGCAUUUCAUAAUGCAGGGUUAUCAUUAGAAGAUAGAAAUACUAUUGAGCAAAACUUUCGGAAUGGUAAUAUAAAGAUUCUGUGCUCUACCUCUACCCUAGCUGUUGGAGUUAACCUACCUGCAUACCUAGCUGUUAUUAAGGGAACAAGUAUAUGGGACGUUCAUGCAAAUAAAGAUUACUCAAACUUGGAUAUACUACAAAUGAUUGGUAGAGCUGGAAGACCGCAAUUUGAGAGAGAAGGUUGUGCAAUUAUAAUUACUGAUUCAAACAAAAAAGUGCAUUUUGAAAAUCUACUAGACGGAAAUGAUCUGUUAGAAAGCACAUUAAAUUUAAAUAUGUAUGAACAUUUAUGUUCUGAAAUAUCAUUACAAACCAUAAAAUCACCAACUGAUGCAAUAAAUUGGUUAAGGCGUACGUUUUUUUAUGUUCGUUACAAAAAGAAUCCUAAAUUCUAUUGGCAAAUCAGGAAAAUUGUUAACCAACAAAAUGAUGCAGAUUCAGAAUUAGUCUCUUUUUGUACUUUGUUAAUUAACGAGCUUAUAGAAGAACAGCUAAUAAAUGUUACUGAUGACACAUUUAUUUGUUCUCCAUAUGGACAAGCAAUGGUUAGACAUUAUAUUCUUUUUGAAACAAUGAAAUGUUUUAUUGGAAUAGAGAAAAACCUAACAUUAAGUGACGUUCUAACAUUACUGGUUAAAAGUAAAGAGUUCAAAGAGUUAAGAAUACGACAAAAUGAAAAGCGCUUUUAUAAAGAAAUAAAUUUAUCACCGUUAAUUAGAUAUCCUUACCUGACAAGAAAGAAACAAGGACAGAUUAUAGAUCAGACAUACCAGAAGAUGUCUUUAUUAAUACAAUAUGAAUUAGGAGGUUUGGAGUUUCCUCUCUUUGAAUGGUCUUUUAAAAUCCGUGCGGCAGUUAUUCAAGAUAAAUUAUUAGUGUUCAAACAUUGCCAACGUUUAUUGAAAUGUAUGAUUGAUACAUUUAUUACUAAAAGAGAUGGAAACUCUCUCAAAAAUGCGUUAUAUUUAUUAAGGUGCAUUAAUGGUAAUACUUGGGAAGAUUCAAGCGGCGUUGUUCGUCAGCUAAAGUUAAUAGGACUUGUAGCUCAUCGGAAAUUGGUCAAUCAAAGAAUUUUAACAUUUCAAGAUAUAUCAAAUUUGAGUGAAGAGCAACUUGAAUAUUAUCUUGGAAUACGAUUAGGUUUGGGAAACAAAAUUAAGGAAGAUCUAUCCCUUUUACCAAACCUCAUAAUUAGAAUGAAACCAGACAAAUAUGAAGUAGUCGACGAGACGUCCUUAGACAUCACAUUUAAGAUAGAAAUUUCUGCUGAAUACAAAUCUGUAGUAUGGCAUGGUAAAUAUUUAUCUGUUGAUUGUGAAUCUAUCAAUCAUAAGGGAAAACUUUUAGAUUUCAGAAGAAUAUUUUUAAAACAAUUAAGGUCACCAAAAUCCUUUAAACUUAAAACAAGGGUCGACUCUUCGGAGUUUACUGUAUUGUUUUUACUAAAUUGUCAAGAAAUAGCUGGCAUUGGCAAAACCAUUAAGUUUUCUUACGAUGAUAUAGACUUUAAAUAUAAACAAAUGUUAAAAAGCAAAUCAAAGUUUAAAUGCCUUGAUAAAUGUCUUUUUGUUGAAGACCAAUUGAGUGAAGAUUUACUAUCUGACGAUAGUAUACUGCAAUAUUUAGAUGAGGAAACGAAACUCAGUAAGGUCAAUAAAUCAAAUGACUCUGACAAAACACGUCUAUGCCAUAACAAUACCACUGAACCAAAAGAAGAUAGAAAUAUGCCGUCACUUUCUAUAAAAUCAGAUAUGCAAAUCAAUCUUGCAAAUCCACAGGGCACAAUCAAUGCAAGAAAAAUGCUAUCUAAUGGAAAUUAUGAAUGUAAUCACUUCUGCAAAGAUAAAAAACAAUGUAGACACUAUUGCUGUAAAGAUGGGAUACCUAUAAAAUUACUUAAAAAUGCUAAAUUUCCAAAGUAUUCUAAUACAGAGAGCCCAUCAAAAACCCGAUUUUCCUUGCACUCAUCACGUGAAUAUAAAUACGAUCUAAGCAAUCCAGAAAUAGAUAAAUUUGGGACAUCACAAAUUCCUAAAUACUACAGCUAUGAGAAAGAUAUAAGUUUUCACCAACCUUCUAUGAAUAUACUGACUAUUGAAGAAAUAGUGAUAGAUUCAGAAGGGGAAGAAAAAGAAGCCAAUAAUGAUGACACCGAUAGUUGGCAAGACAUGUCAAAAUGUGAUAAUACCUUACUAGAACCACCCUAUUACUCCGAUAAUAACAAGAUCAAAAAUAGCACAAAUAAAAACGAAAUCGAUGAUCAAAAGUUACUGCCUAAUAUAUCAGUACAUCGCAUUUUAGAAGAUACGGAUAAAAAUUCAGAAAAUGAAUAUAGUGAUAACCAUUCCAGCUCAAUCGAAGAAAAUGACACUAUUAUGCAAAAUUUUUUUGGAUCGGACGUUGAAAUCAAUUAA